UGUUAUAUUAAUGGAGCAUGAAUUUAGAAUUGAAUGUCAACUUAACAUAAAUUUAAAUUCAGCAAAACCGUUUUAUUGAUAGAGUAGUGAUUCUAUACGGGACAGUAUCGGUCUAACGUUUCGAAGGUACACAGGUAACCAUUGAUACGUAUAAGUAUCAUAAGUAAAAUAAAGUAAGUUCACAAUUAAGGAAUAUUCUAUAUUUUCCAUAUUUUAUACUACUUAUAUAUAGACUACUUGUGAAACUACUUGUAUUUCUUCUACAAUGGGUUUGUUCGAAAUAUACAAUUAUUGGAAUACAGGAUUAUCACACCCAGUAAGUCGUGAUUGGUUCGUAUCCUCGCCGUUUCCACUAUUGCUACUAACUGUGGGAUAUUUAUAUUUUGUUCUUUACGCUGGUCCUCGCUACAUGAAAAAUCGAACGCCAUUUAAAUUGAGAACCGUUAUAUUAAUUUAUGACUUAAUUCAAAUUCUGGCAAACUUAUGGUUGCUAAAACAGCAGUAUGAGGCCGGUUGUUUUGUCAUAUUGACAGAAAUCAGCGUUAAAAACUGUUGGAGACAGUAUGCAAGCAUCUUUGAUGUUCCUAAAUUGCAUAUAGCGGGAUGGUAUGGACUCUUAUUGAAAAUAUUUGAUUUCAUCGAAACGUGCAUAUUUGUGUUGAGGAAAAAACAAAACCAAGUCUCUGUUUUGCACGUGUAUCAUCAUAUAUCUAAUGUAACAUUUGUGUGGAUUGCUUUAAAAUACUUUAUGGACGUAAGAACUGCGUAUGUCACAAUAGUCAAUUGUAUUGUGCAUGUAAUCAUGUACAUGUACUAUUUCAUCUCUGCAUGGAGUCCGAAUCUCCAACGGAUGAUGUCUCCCAUUAAACCAUUUAUAACUAUCCUACAGAUGGCAAGUAUCAAUACAAUAUUUUGUAAUUAAAUUACUCAGGUGAUAUUCUCGUCACUUUUAAUCU